GUGAUCUUUUUGCAAAGUCUGCAACUUCAGUCUGUCAAGUUUCACUAAUAUACAUUAUUCCUGUGGUCUUCAUGAGUCUCCAGCGGUCCUGCACACAUCAAGUUCCUAUGGAAAACUAGAGCUUUUACGAGAAGAGUUAACGGGUAACAUGGCCCCAUAACAGCAAAAGUGAUGAUGCAACCUCACAUACAUGAGACUGACAACUGUGAUCCUAAAUGGAGACUUUCAUCUGCUUAAGCUCUAGAGAAGAAGAAAAAAACCCACACAAAGCUAAGAAUUGGACUUACUUCUAAUAUAACAUGCACCAUGGUGAUAUCAUUUCACUUUGACACAGAAUGGAAGAUAAUGAUGAAGGCAACAGUUCUUCUGAAAUUCCAAUUUUCAGAGAAGAAGAGGUAGUUGUUACUUCAAUCUUGAGUGUAGUAUUGGUUGCUAUGUUUUUCCUGGGGGUGUCUGGAAACCUCUAUGUAUUGAUCAUCACUGUGCUGUCAAACAGGCCAGCCGGAUCUCUGUGUACUUAUGUAGUUAACCUGGCACUGGCAGAUUUGCUGUACCUAUCAACUAUUCCAUUUGUUGUAAGCACGUACCUUGUUCGAGACUGGUAUUUCGGGGAUGUUGGUUGCAGGGUUCUCUUAAGCAUGGACCUGUUCACUAUGCAUGCCAGCAUCUAUACUCUACUUGCAAUGAGCUUAGAAAGGUACCAGGUGGUGGUGUAUCCUUUGAGGUCAAGACUCUCCCAGAACCAUCGCAAGUUAACUAGUGUGGCUAUCUGGCUAAUGUCAUUGUUUCUUACGUUGCCAAUGAUGUGCAUGAUGCAUUUACAGGACAGUCAUAAUGGAUUCGGCAAAAAAAUAUGUUUUCCUACCUGGACACUGGAUGCUUUCAGGUGCUACUUGACUGUUCUUUUCUGUACCAGUAUCCUAGGUCCUGGAUUGAUCCUCUUGUAUCUCUAUAGCCACCUUGCCAGGGCAUACUGGGUAUCUGGUCAAGGGAUUCAAAGCUCCAAACGUAAAAUAAAGCAAGGAGUUGGGCUUCGUAUUUUUACCAUCAUCUUGGUAUACUGGGUUUGUUAUACACCUUUCUGGGCAUGGCAACUAGCAAAGUUGUAUCAGCAACAAUCUUCGGGUUUGUUACCUGCUGCCCAGAUCUAUCUCAACUUUGGAGUCACCUGCUUAACCUAUGCUAAUAGCUGUGUCAAUCCACUACUAUACACACUGCUGACACGAAACUACUGGGAAUAUCUAGCCACCCGUGGAAAAGGUAUUGGCUUGGAACAGUGGAAUGGGGUACAUCAUAGGACUCAAAAGAAGUCAUCAGCCUCUUAGGACCAUUGAGAGUGUAGACAAAAUAACAUUUUAGUAAAGCUUUUUACUGACAUAUUACUUUAUUAUCAAAAUCUGGGACAGAUGGCUUUAGGAACUCUAAAGGUGAAGACAAGGAUAAGCCAUGGCUCAAUAAGAUUUGUAAUUGUCAUAAUGCAAUAUUAAUAAAGAAAUAAAAGCUGUUGUAUUAUUCUA